CUCCUCCUUCCUCCCCACCCCUUUAAUCGACCCUUAAGUGGGCUCACAGGGCUCUGCCACUCACUCUGCACGUCCACCAUGGCUUACAUUGCCAAGUCCUUCUACGACCUCAGUGCUAUCAGCCUGGAUGGGGAGAAGGUAGAUUUCAAUACGUUCCGAGGCAGGGCGGUGCUGAUUGAGAAUGUGGCCUCGCUUUGAGGCACAACCACCCGGGACUUCACCCAACUCAACGAGCUGCAGUGCCGCUUCCCCAGGCGCCUGGUCGUUCUUGGCUUCCCUUGCAACCAAUUUGGACAUCAGGAGAACUGUCAGAAUGAAGAGAUCUUGAACAGCCUCAAGUAUGUCCGCCCUGGGGGUGGAUUCCAGCCCACCUUCACCCUUGUCCAGAAGUGUGAUGUGAAUGGUCAGAACGAGCAUCCUGUCUUCGCCUACCUGAAGGACAAGCUCCCCUACCCUUAUGACGACCCGUUUUCCCUCAUGACUGAUCCCAAGUUCAUCAUCUGGAGCCCCGUGCGCCGCUCAGAUGUGUCCUGGAACUUUGAGAAGUUCCUCAUUGGGCCGGAAGGGGAGCCCUUCCGCCGCUACAGCCGCACCUUCCAAACCAUCAACAUCGAGCCUGACAUCAAGCGCCUCCUCAAAGUUGCCAUAUAGACACUAGCAGGUCUGUCUCCUCCCGCCCUGAGUGUCUCUCCUGAGCAUGCACUGUGCCCUCAGAAGACUGCUGGGCCCGAGCUUUCCCUUCAGAUCAGUCCCCUUCACUGAAGAGCCUUGCCUUUCUGGUCUGUUUCCUUCCACUCCCGCAACCUUCUGGUGACUCAGCCUGGGGCUCCAAGACGUGGGUGGGCUCUGAGUCUUCACAGAAUGAUGGCACCUUCCUAAAUCUGUAUGGGCGGUGUCUGAGAAGAGUGGAGGCCUGGAGCCAGCCUGUGGGCUGAGUCCAAUAAAGGGUAGGUGUGGAAACA